GUGCGAACAUGAUCCGUCUUCCUUUCUCUGUUUCCUGCAUCGCUGGAGGUUUCUCGUUGGUCAGAUGAGCUUUGACUAGCCUGAUAUGGUGUACCUCAGGGUUCGGCAUGAGUUCCCCCAUCUUCCAAAGCUUAUACAGACGUCAAAUCAUCGUCCUGAGUAGGGCUGCUCGUUGAACUCUCCGAAGUGAUACACAGUAGGGAGGUCAUAUAAUUAGAGGACACCCGUCCGCAUCUCGUUGCUUCGACUUGACCAAUCUUGACAAAAUGCCUGCAAUUCAAUCCCCGACCGUUCCGCUUAUAGGACAAGCCUCUAACAUUGUCCUGCUAUCGUUCUUCCUCACAGCUUGUGUAUCGGCGUACGUCGUAUAUCAGAGGUUCUUCCAUCCACUUGCUUCCGUCCCCGGACCGUUCUGGGCCAGUCUCUCUCGACUAUGGAUCACGAAGCACAGCUGGGACGGUGACAUGCACAGAACCAUGAUCGCUUUACACGAAAAGCACGGCCCUAUCGUUCGCAAUGGCCCCAACGAAGUCAGCAUAGCGGACCUUUCAGCCAUCAAGACCAUCUACGGCGCUGGUACCAAGUUUCGUAAGAGUGACUGGUAUUCAGUGUGGCAAGGCCACCGCAAGUUUGACUUGUUCGCGGAGAAGGACGAGAAGCUGCAUGGCAAGCAGAGAAGCUUGAUCAGCUCAGCAUACUCGAUGACAAGCUUGAAGGAUCUGGAGCCGUACGUCGACGACAGCGUGAAGAGGUUCUUGGAUGCAAUGAGCGAACGCCAGAAUCAAGUUGUCGACAUGGGCAAAUGGGCACAGCUCUUUGCUUUCGACGUUAUUGGAGAGAUUACCUUUUCGAAGAGCUUCGGCUUCAUGGACGCUCAGGCCGACGAUGGAUCCUUCGCACAGAUCGAGGGCGCUCUACAGUCUGCCGCAUGGAUCGGACAAGUCCCAUGGCUUUAUUGGCUUCAUGACCGCCUGAUGCCAAUCAUCGGCAAUCGUCUUGCUCUCAACAACCGCCAUGGAUCUCUUCGUACCCUAGCCGCCAAAGAGAUUUCCGCCAGGAUGGAUCGUGGAAGCGAGCGCAAAGACAUCCUCUCAAAGCUGCACAAGGCACAGAGCGACAAGCCUGGCGAACUCGACGACAAUGCUGUCAUCAGCAUGGCGACCUCAAACAUCUUCGCUGGUAGCGAUACUACUGCGAUCUCCACUCGUGCCAUCAUCUACUACCUGCUCAAGAACCCGCAGUACAAGCAAAGACUGAUCGAGGAGAUUGACGAUUUCAGAAGGCAAGGAAAGCUUAGCAACCCCGUCAAGCUGGCAGAGGCAGAUGCCAUGCCGUACUUGCAGGCCGUCAUGUAUGAGGCGCUACGCUGUCACCCAGCAGUGGGCAUGAGCUUGCCUCGAGUGACUCCAGCUGGCGGCGCCACCAUUGCUAACACUUUUAUUCCAGGCGGAACCGUCGUUGGUGCCAAUCCGUGGGUGAUUCAUCGAAACAAAGAAGUUUACGGCGAAGAUGUCGAGGACUUCCGCCCGGAUCGUUGGCUGAAGGAGGAUACCGGAGAUAUGCGUCGAUUCUUCUUCACGUUCGGCUCAGGUGCUCGAAUGUGCCUUGGAAGGAAUAUCAGCUGGAUGGAGAUGUCCAAGCUGAUACCAACCCUGUUCCUCCACUAUAACAUUGAGCUCGCCGAUCAGAACGCAGAGUGGAAAGAGACGUGCUUCUGGUUCGUGAUGCAGCAAGGUGUGAACGUGAGACUCGUCAAGCGUAAUGUGCCAUCGUAGAGCUACGUUUGACCUACAGCGCUCUCUCGUUCCAAGGUGCUGCGAUAAAUCGCUGAGAUGUGUCGGACGGACUGAGCUAUGAGCAGAGGAUUAUGGCUGAGGAUUCUCUGGCGAACGGAGCUAUUGACGACGGUUCGGGUGUGUACUUCCAGCUCUGAGGGCAUUGUAUCGUCUGUAGCUAAUAGCACUUACCUCAUGGCCGGAGGUCGACACCGUUCGGCAUGUGCAGUAAGUAGAUGUUAAUGGUCCCAAUGGUCACUCUACAAGAGGCACUCUUAUCGAAACCAGGCACUGUGACUUACUCCAAGGC